AUGACGCGUAUGAGGCACAAGCGGAACCACCACGCUCGACGAGACAUCUCGCGAGCGGCCCGCACGCGUGCUCGCAAGCUGGACGCGGACCAGAUCCAGGAGAGCCUCAACAACCCGGAGAAGCUCGAGGCGCUGCAGAACCCCAAGGAGCUCGACGUCGACAAGGCCGGUCUCGGCCUUUUCUACUGCGUCGAGUGCGACCGCCACUUCCCCUCGCAGAAGGACCAGCUGAUGCACAUGGGCUCGAAGCUGCACAAGCGGAGGGCCAAGAAGAUGCGCGAGGAGCCCGCCUACACCAUCGAGGAGAGCCUGCGCGCCGUCGGCAUGGGCGUCGACAACAAGCAGCGGGGCGACAAGCCCGAGACCGCGCCCAUGCAGGCCUGA